GAGGGGGAGGGAGGGAGGCGCCGCCGCCGCCGCUUCUCCGUGUGCCUCUUCUUCUCCUCCUUCCUCGCCUUUUUCGGGGAGUCUGCUCCGUGCAAAAGACGCGCGACGAUGGCGGGUCUGCUCCUGGUCCUGCCGCUGCUCCUUUUCCGGGGCAGCCUGGGCUCCAACCGGCACGCCGUCCAUUGGAACAGCUCCAACCCGCACCUCCGCCGGGAGGGCUACACGGUGACGGUGCAGGUGAACGACUACCUGGACGUGUACUGUCCGCACUACAACUCCUCCCCGUCCUCGUCCUCGUCCUCGGAGGGCCGCCCGGAGCAGUACGUGCUGUACAUGGUCAGCCGGGAGGGCUACCGCUCCUGCAACACCAGCCAGGGCUUCAAGCGCUGGGAGUGCAACCGGCCCCCCCAUGGACCCCCCCACAGCCCCAUCAAGUUCUCCGAGAAGUUCCAGCGCUACAGCGCCUUCUCCCUCGGAUACGAGUUCCACGCCGGGCACGAGUACUACUACAUCUCCACGCCCACGCACAACCACCGCCGCUCCUGCCUCCGCAUGAAGGUCUUCGUCUGCUGCGCCUCCCACAACUUCAACCCGGAGAUGCCCAAGCUGGAGAAGAGCAUCAGCGGGACCAGCCCCAAGCGGGAACACUUGCCGCUGGCCGUGGCCGCCGCCUUCUUCCUCAUGACGCUGCUGGCCUCCUAGCCCUUCGCCGGACCGACGGGACGGGCCUGGCCGGAGCGGGACCGGGGCCCCUGGACACUUGACCACCCCCCCCAAAAAAAGGAACCCUUGCAGCUGCUUCGGCCUCCCCUUCCGCCACCUUCACGCGGGAACUACGUCUCUCUUCUCUCUUGUACUUGGGGGAACUACGUCUCUUUUCCCAACACCGUCCGGCCGUCGGGACCGUGGGACAUGAGGAAACUACAUAUCUCUCUCCCCACCACUGGGACCCUGGUGCUUGAGGAAACUACAUAUCUCCCUUUCCAUUGGAACCCUGGUACUUGGGAAAACUACAUCUCCCCACCCUUGGGACCCUGGUACUUGAGGAAACUACAUAUCUCCCUUUCCAUUGGAACCCUGGUACUUGGGAAAACUACAUCUCCCCACCACUGGGACCCUGGUGCUUGAGGAAACUACAUAUCUCCUUUUCCAUUGGAAGCCUGGUACUUGGGAAAACUACAUCUCCCCACCCUUGGGACCCUGGUACUUGAGGAAACUACAUAUCUCCUUUUUCACCCUCAGGACCCAGGUACUUGGAGAAACUACAUCUACCCUCCCCACCACCACCAUUGGGACCCUGGCACUUGAGGAAACUACAUCUCUCUUUUUUGCCACCAUCGGGA